AUGAGUGUGUCCAAGCUGCUGGAGACACGGGUUGCUGCUGCUGCUGAUGCUGCUGCUGCUGGGGCGGAGGGUCCUGGAGAUGCUCGCCUCACAUCAGGGCGCACACUCGAGGAGAUGAGGGAUGAUAAUGGAGGAGACUGAAGAUGGCUUUGUGUGUUUCAUAACACUCCUUAGAUGAUGUCGCCUCCAUGACUGUAACCAGGAUGGGACCAUCAUGUUCUUCCAUAAAGACCUGAGCCUUGGAGUCACUGGGGGCAGACACACACCGAGCCCAGUGACAACACACAGAGAUGUAUACUGCUGUUGAUAAGAAAAGGGAGCAAAGGCCCAUCUGGACCUUGACAGGUCCGAAACAAGGCAGCGAUGGCAAAGAGAGAUUACCUGGUGGAGGCAGCCAAGCAGAUCCGUAUGGCACUGGACAGUGAGGUCAAUGAGGACUAUGAGGCAGCUUUCAGUUACUACAAGAAUGGGGUGGAUUUACUGCUGAAUGGGGUUCAGUUGGACCCAAACAAGGAUCGCCGGGAGGCUGUGAAGAGGAAGACAACCCAGUAUCUGAAGAGAGCUGAAGAAAUCUUCAUAACACAUCUCCAGGACAACCUAGGGAAGGGGAGCUCUCACUUAGGGGGUUACAGCAGUCUGAGAUUCCGUCCAAUCAGACACUUGAGUUCACCCGUAGAAGAUCUUGAGAUGUGUAAGGUGAUGGGAGUGACUGAUAAGGUCCUGAUUGUCCAAAGUAUGGUCAAUAAGGAGACAUUUGUUGUAAAGAGUCUGGUCAAGUCCAGCUGGGAGAGCAGAGAUCAGCCAACUAUCAUUCCUCAGGGGGUGCCAUACAUGGUGAAGCUGCUUAGGUAUUAUGUCAGCGAGGAUACUGUGUACCUGCAUCUUGAGCAUGUCAAAGGUGGGAGGCUCUUCUCCAAGCUGCACAAGCUGAGGAACGAGAAGGCCAAGGAACACCCAGAGUGCUUCACUUCUGGCCAGCACAGCAUCAAGCUGAAGACCAGCUACACCUCACCCACAAUCAGCACAGACUACCAGCACAAUAGAGGGGGCACAGGAAUCAUUCCAGAGAAAUUAAGCGAUGAGAGCCCAGAUACAGACUUUACAACCUCAUGGGAUGAAACUCAGCAGCGGCUGGAGAGCUGUGGGACUCACUCCUAUAUCGAGGAGACAGGCUGUCUGCAGAACACACGCUCCGCAGCAUCAUUUUAUACCAAGCUUGAUCGACUAACUCUGCUUUCUGGCCAGACGAGGACACAGAUCAGCACUCGCAUCCAUCCACCAGCUCCUAGUUUAUGUUUGCACACCACCGAAACUCAGGAAAAGCCUGCUCUUCCUCUCUCUUGUGCUCGUGUCAGUCAAGCUCUUGAUGUCAUGUCAGAACUCCAUGAACAGAAAGCUGGAAUGGGCCUGAUAGAGUGCAGCUCUGAUUUCGAGGUGGCCUGGAAAGCUGCGGAUUCAGCACACAACUGUGAGAGAGUAAACCCCUAUGCAGUGACUGACAGUGAUUUACAUGGCACAUUAGGACAAACUGCAACUGCACCUCAUACAAGUCAGACCUCAUUUAAAAAAGCAGGGUCACCAAACAGUGAAAAUAAUGGGUUGAGUUCCUCCCCUGCCAUUUUGCAUCUUCCUCUCCAUUGCCAAACCCAGAUCCGUGGCAGGGCAUCAUGGGAUGUCAAUGGUUCUCACCAAGGAUCUGUUUUAAGUGGAAACUCUGCAGAUGUGGUUACAGACAGCAAAGAAGCAAAGCAGGACAGCAGCAGCCCUACCACAGAGGAAAGAAAUGGAAUGGUGGUCAUCAGGAGCACAGACAGAGCAGUAUUUUCUGACCAUACAGACACAAAGAUCACCUCAGAAAGUCCCUGGCUGUCAGCGGUGAAAUACAAAGGGGAAACGCACUGUAGUGAGGCAAGAGAGGGUGUAAAGGAAGCCUGUGAAUUGCUGAGUCCCGGAGAGAAGGUGGCACCCGCAAAAGAGGGAUCACUUCCUAGCUGGUACUCCUCUGGUUCUCUUGGAGCCCCACCCCACAGUAGGAGAGAGGAUGCUUUCCUAAAAUCAGAGGGACUGGAGGGGCAGGAGGAAGACCAGAUCAUCGAGGUGGAUGGCUGGUGCCACCUACCUAAGAUCCCUGUCAAAUCCUCCACACCCACAGAUAAGACAAUGCAGACAUGCUGGGGGCUUCCUGAAGCAGAGGUGCGUGUCUGGGGGGCACAGAUCCUGCUGGCCCUGGAGAGUCUGCAUCAGCAGGGCAUCCUGUGUCGAGAUCUCAACCCCAGAAACAUUCUGCUCACCAGCAAUGGAAAGGUGUGUUUGACAUUUUUCGGGCAGUGGAGUGAGGUUCAGUCAGAGAUUUGCUCCAAAGCCAUGGACCAGAUGUACUGUGCUCCAGAAAUCGGAGGUGUGUGUAGGAUCACAGAAGCUUGUGAUUGGUGGAGUCUUGGGGCUUUGCUGUUUGAACUUCUAACAGGAAUGCCUCUGUGGCAGCUCCACCCAGCAGGAAUCCACUCCCACACCCAGCUGCUCAUCCCCGACCACCUGAGCACUGCAGCUGCAUCCCUGCUCACUGAGCUGCUUCAGUUUGAUGCUGGCUAUCGUCUGGGCUCUGGAGGUGGAGGUGUGAGUGACAUCAAAUGUCAUCCCUUCUUCAGCAGUGUUUCCUGGAAAGCGCUGAGCUGUUAGCAGGUGUAGCUGUUACACCUUUGAUCCCGUCAUGCUGCACUGGAAUUGAAGAUGUGCAAUCUCCUGAAUCCAAGCAUCCUAAGUGUGGCCAAAAUGGAUGCAGCACCAGAACCCCGUUUCCUUUGCAUUUUGUGCUUCCCAAAGAAAAAUGACAAUAAAAACUGAAACAAGAACAAAACUGAUGAGCCAUGUCCCUUCCAAAACAUGAGACACAUGGAGUUGUUACUUUAAUGUCAACAUAUCAGGAGACUCUUGACUCCUGAUAUGGGAACUUAAGGUACAUUUGAUGCAAUUUUGGUAGCUACAUUUUAAUACUUUAUAUCCAUGCAUAUAAACUGACGCCACCUAAAGUCUGACAGUGUUUUGGACUGUCUGCUUUCAAAUGAAGGCAAUAAAUGAAUCCCUCUGUAUAUCCCUGACAUUUUACUCACUUGUUUCAGCCAGGGUCAUGAUAAUUGAUCAAUAGGCCAGUGUGUAUGUUCCCAAAGAGGACUAGUGACUCAAAGACAAUUCUAAUUUUAUUGCUGUAGACGUGAGACAUAACCUUAUACCUCAAAUGAGUCACAAUCUUGGGCAGGCAGCACCGAGCAAAUAUUAUAAAGAGUAUUGCACUAAUAGAGAAAUUAGUUUGUGGUGAUAUGAUACACAUUUUCUGGCCACUAACUUUUUGGUCAGUUGUUUCAAAAUGUUUUGAAAGGCUUGAUCCAGUUCAUUUUGACUAGUUUAGUCUUGGCUUUCUAUCUAUAUCUUAAGGAGAUAAACAUGACAUGAAAUGUUAUGUAGCAGUACAACCUUUUCAUCUUCAAUUUAUAUUCCAUAAAACACUUAUAUACAGACAUAUGAUCUGUGGAUUGUUAUUGGA